AUGUCUGGGUCUGCCUUGGCUGCUCUGGAAAGACCAUGCCAGUCUGAUGUGGUGGAGAGGAGCAGCAGGAGGAGGAAGACGCGGAUGAGGCUGGAGCAGUGCCUGCCCCUCCUGGGGCUCCUGCUGUGUGCAGGUGGCACCACAGCUCAGGAGGAUGAAGAACAGGAGAGGGAGUUCCUGGUGGAGAUUUCUGGCACCACGGUGACCAUCACGUGUCCCUUGGAGCACGAGUCCAUCCGCUGGGAGCUGGCCGGGAAAGUGCAGGACACCACGGAGAGGAAGCUCAUUCUGAAGGACCACGACAGCGCUCCUGCCAACCUCAGCUGCGGGGAGGGCACUGGGAAGCGCCAGCUGUACCUGAAUGCCAGGGUGUGUGCCACCUGCGAGGAGCUGGACGCCCUGACUGUGGCAGGGAUCAUCACUGCAGACCUCCUCAUCACCCUGGGGGUGCUGAUCCUGGUCUACUACUUCAGCAAGAGCAGGAAGGGACGAGCCAGCGCCGGUGGGGACAGUCGGCCACGAGGUCAGAAGACGCAGCGUCCUCCCCCCGUCCCCAACCCGGACUAUGAGCCCAUCCGGAAGGGCCAGCGGGAGCUGUACGCGGGCCUGGGACCCCGGGGCAUCUGAAAUCCCCCGUGGCAGCCCGGGACCACAGCCCAGGACCAAAAGCUUCUGCCCGGCUCCUUGCCAAGCCCUCUGCCGAGCCGCUGGGACAGGGAGGUGCCGUCCAGCCCGGGGUGAGCUUGGGUUUGCCAGCAGGGAACAGAAAUGAGCCCACUGGCAAGAGAUUUCCUUCUCAUUAAAGGACUGCAGCCUCA